AUUGCUUCAUCAUAAAACAAAAUUUCAGUACCCCCUCUCUUUUGAAAAUUAAAUAACAAAAUAAAAACGGAGGGUCAGCUUCCGUUCUCGGCCCACUGGUCAUCUACACGGUCCGGUGCACGAGCCAACGCGCAAUUUCCCAGAGGAUAAUUUAGUAAUUUAUCAGCAUCACAUCCUUCUUCCUUUACUUUGAAGCGUAAUCCAAAUCAGUCAAUCAGCGAUCGAAUUUAAAUACACAAAUCCCAGAAUUUGUGAUCUUUUCUAAUUCACACAAGACUGAAAACCCUCGAAUCGAAGUUUUUGUUGAUUUCCAGCCAUGGGUAACACAGAGAAAUUGUUGAAUCAGAUCAUGGACCUCAAGUUCACGUCGAAAUCGCUGCAAAGGCAGGCCCGGAAGUGCGAGAAGGAAGAGAAGGCGGAGAAAUUAAAGGUCAAGAAGGCGAUCGAGAAGGGGAACGUGGAUGGGGCACGGAUCUACGCCGAGAACGCCAUCCGUAAGAGGACCGAGCAGAUGAACUACCUCAGGCUUGCGUCCAGGCUCGAUGCUGUCGUUGCUAGGCUCGAUACGCAGGCUAAGAUGACCACCAUUAACAAGUCCAUGGCUUCCAUCGUUAAAUCGCUUGAGUCUUCUCUUGCUACUGGUAAUUUGCAGAAGAUGUCAGAAACUAUGGAUCAGUUUGAGAAGCAGUUUGUAAACAUGGAGGUCCAGGCAGAGUUCAUGGAGAAUGCAAUGGCUGGAUCCACCUCAUUAUCCACACCUGAGGGUGAGGUCAACAGCUUGAUGCAGCAAGUAGCUGAUGACUAUGGAUUGGAGGUCUCUGUUGGGCUCCCACAGCCUGCUGCACAUGCAGUGGCAACCAAGUCACAAGAGAAGGUUGAUGAAGAUGAUUUGUCAAGGCGUCUUGCAGAGCUAAAGGCCAGGGGGUAAAUAAUGUAAUAGGAUAUGGUCUUAUGCCAACUUAAUAUAUCAUUAUAUAUCUACCUAUAUGGUGCUCUGGAUUAUGUUUGGCGCCGGAAACUUGUUGUGUAAAUUGAGAUUGAAGCUAUGUUGUUGACUCUGCCUGUUGAUUAUGGAUGGAAAUGCCUUUUAUGAGUUGCUUAAA